AGAUGCUGUGCACCCCAAAUCAACUGUCAGCUGAAUUUUCUCCACUUGGCCCUUGCGGGCCUUGCUGGACACGCAAUGCUGCCAAGCCGCCACUUCAGCCACUUUCGGCAGAAGAGAGUUUCGGAGGCGAUCCGAUGCUUUGCUGAGGAGGCAUCUCAAAGCAGUGGAGCGCGGAUUGGCCAUUCAGGAAGUCCGCCGUCCUUGGCGCAGCGCCUCUCCGUGGGUUUAGGCGCCCUGGGCCUUGGUGUUACCUCGGUGGCAGCAGUGGCUUGGUGGCAGCUACCUCGUAUCCAAGCAGUGCUGCAUCCUCCUGAUGAGGCGCCCAAUGUGUGGCAACGGCUCCUGGGUUCUUGGAGCACUCCACGACAUCCGGCCGAUCGUGUCUUCGACUCGGCCGACUUGGACCGAGAUGGUCUUCUGGACCGGCGGGAGUUGGCACAGUACAUGAUGAACUGUGGGAUCAUGGACAUGAGCGGGUUCAACGCCAUUUGGGAAGAGAUCAAUACUGACGACACAGAAGCCAUCUCCAGAGAGGAGUUCAGGAAUUUUCAUGACAAUGCAGAGCGCAAUUUUUAUUUGAGUUUGUGGCGCUCCUUAAUUGGAGAUCCAAGCUUCUUAGGGAGCACGCUGUACUUAAGCGGCUCGGUGCUUUUCGCUGCCAUGCCCUACUGGUCCUUGGCAAGCCCAGCCACCAUGACCAAGAUGGGUCAGGCCCCUGUGGAGGUUUGACCAGGGUUAACAGAUCUUGAAGGUGCUGAACAGUGUACGCCAAGUGAGAAUAUGACUUUGGAAGACUUGCCCUUGCAUGUUUCGCAGGUGUUCUACAUCUUUGGUGGUAUCCUGUUCUUGUCUCAGACACUGGAGCGCCACACUGAUCGCUUGAGGAUCCACCGCCGCUUGGCCGGGCUCAUGGAGUCCGAGCGGUGAAAAAAGAGCGCGGUAAUCGGUUGAGCCUCGAAGCGGAACGAAGGAUGCAAAAAGAAAGGCAAAUGAAAGCAUAUCAAAACUGAAUGAGUC